AUGUCUCUUUCUAAGAAGUUAACUUUGGACAAACUAGAUGUUAAAGGGAAACGAAUCAUCAUGAGAGUAGACUUCAACGUUCCCAUGAAGAAGAACCAGAUUACAAACAACCAGAGAAUCAAGGCUUCCAUCCCAAGCAUCAAGUACUGCCUGGAUAAUGGAGCCAGGUCAGUAGUUCUUAUGAGUCAUUUAGGUCGACCUGAUGGUGUUCCCAUGCCUGAUAAAUACUCUUUAGAGCCUGUUGCUGCUGAGCUCAAAUCCUUGCUGGGCAAGGAUGUUCUGUUCCUGAAGGACUGUGUGGGCUCAGAAGUGGAGAAAGCCUGUGCCAACCCAGCUACUGGUUCAGUUAUCCUGCUGGAGAACCUGCGCUUUCAUGUGGAGGAAGAAGGGAAGGGCCAAGAUCCUUCUGGAAAUAAGCUUAAAGCUGAGGCAGGUAAAAUAGAAGCCUUCCGGGCAUCACUGUCCAAGCUCGGGGAUGUCUAUGUCAAUGAUGCUUUUGGCACUGCUCACCGAGCCCACAGUUCCAUGGUGGGAAUAAAUCUGCCCCAGAAGGCAUCUGGAUUUCUGAUGAAGAAGGAGCUGGAGUACUUUGCCAAAGCCUUGGAAAACCCAGAGAGACCCUUUCUGGCUAUACUUGGUGGAGCCAAAGUGGCAGACAAGAUCCAACUCAUCAAAAAUAUGCUGGACAAGGUCAAUGAGAUGAUUAUUGGUGGUGGAAUGGCUUAUACCUUCCUUAAGGUACUUAACAACAUGGAGAUUGGUGCUUCCCUGUUUGAUGAAGAGGGAGCCAAGAUUGUCAAAGAUAUCAUGGCCAAAGCCAAUAAGAAUGGUGUGCGCAUUACAUUUCCUGUUGAUUUUGUUACUGCUGACAAGUUUGAGGAGAAUGCUAAGGUUGGCCAAGCCACUGUAGCAUCAGGCAUACCUGCCGGCUGGAUGGGUUUGGACUGCGGUCCUGAGACUAAUAAGAAGUAUGCUCAAGUGAUGGCCCAAGCCAAACUAAUUGUGUGGAAUGGACCUGUAGGGGUAUUUGAAUGGGAUGCCUUUGCUAAGGGAACCAAAGCCCUCAUGGAUGAAAUUGUGAAAGCCACUUCCAGGGGCUGUAUCACCAUUAUAGGAGGUGGAGACACUGCUACUUGCUGUGCUAAAUGGAACACCGAAGAUAAAGUCAGUCAUGUGAGCACUGGAGGAGGUGCCAGUCUAGAGCUUCUGGAAGGUAAAAUCCUUCCUGGAGUGGAUGCUCUCAGCAACCUGUAG